GCACGAAAAGAAGAAGAAGAAGAGGUCUACGUGAUUGGAUUAGAUUGCAUACAAAGUCGGCGCUUUUAUUGCAAAAUAAAAAUUUAUCUAUACACAAACUUUUAAAUAAUAUCUUGGAAAAACGUUCAACAAAUAGCAAAUUUUACAAAAAUUAUAAAAUGACUGAAGUUAAGGCCGAUGAAACUGAGGUAAAUGCUGAUAAUGCUAAGGCAGAAAAAGAGAUGUCAAAGGAGGACACAGCGCCGCCAGCAUCAAAUGAAAAAACCACACAAGAAGAGGAAAAGGAAGAAGAAUUGUCGCAGCAGGCUCAACAAACAUCGCCACCGCCUCCAUCAUCUUCAUCGGAAAAUGACAAAGAAGCCAAAGACGAUGGUCUAACACUAAAUCCAUUGAACAAUGACAACGAACACCAGUCCGAGACAGAAAUCAAGGGAAAAAAUCGUCGCUAUUGGACACCCAAAGAAGAAGACCGCUUUUUUCUCAUAUGGGGUAGAGAGAAUUGGCGUCUCACCAAACAUGGCAAAAACACCAUAUUCUUUGCCCAAUGGGCUGAGGAGAUGAAAGAGAGAUUCGACAUCGAUGUCAAGCCCGAGGAGGUACAGUGCAAAGUAAAUCAAACGAGGGCAAAAUAUAGGCAAGUGAAGCGUCUACUGGAAACCGAUAGAAAUGCUGUAAAGUGGAAGAAAUAUGAUUUGGUGGAGAAGAUAUUAAAGAACCAAUAUCGUUCCAAAGAUGAUGAACCCGUACCCCAGGAGGCUUUGGAAAAUAAUCGUGAUAUGUCACCCACAGAGUUGUUAAACAGUAACAGUGAUACCCGACCGCCCUCUCCAAAUGUCAGCAAUAUCUCCAACUCGGAACAGAGUAUUAAUUUAAAUCAGACACCUGGAGAUAAUCAACAAAUUACUGAAGAUGUUUCAUUGACCGAACAAAAUCUCUCCUCAAAUGUCUUCAGCAACAAUUCAAAUACAAGCUUUAGCACUGAGCUGUUUGGACUGGAUCAAAUGGAAAUUAAAAAGGAAAUUGAAGGCGAUAUAAAAAUGGAAGGUUUUUCCGAGUUUUUACCAAUAGACCCUCAAGAAACCACCAAUUCAUCUGCUGAUGGUCAGAAAACAUCACAAAGUGUAACAGUAGUCACACCCCAAGCUAUGCCCCCAGAAUUAGAAGCCGUAAUUAAUGGCAAUAUGGGUCUAGCUGCAGUUAACAACAGCCGAGGAGCAUUGCCAAAUCACACAAACUUACCAUUGGUGAGCACAAAUGCUAACAGUGGGGUAGACGGUAACGUUACAAAUCAUACAAAUAGCAAUCAUACCACAAUGGAACCACCCAGAAGGUCUUCAGUAUCUUCCACAACAACACCACGUAAACGUAAUCGCUCUGCUUCAUCCUCGACGGCAGCAGCAACGGCGGGAGGUGCUACAUCCACUGCUCUUACAACAGCCGCAUCGGCGGCGGCUGCUAUGGCUCAAGAUUCCCUAGAGCAUUUAUAUUUGGAAGAAAUCAAGAAAAAGAAUAUCAUACUAGUUGAACAGGGAGAAAUUAAUCGCAAGCGUUUAAGAUUGGAAGAAAGAAAGGUGAAGUUAAUGGAAGAUUUCUUCCCAAAAUAUUUAUCCUUACAACAGGAUAUCUUAAAGAAAUUAGAUAAUCUAAACAACAGUACACCAGAAUCAAUUAAUAUACGAAUAGAGGAUUAAGCAGCCACAAGCAUGUGGAACAAAUUUUGUUCUUGAAUAACACUUUUCUUGUUAAGUUUAUAAAAUACUAAGUUUAGGUAAUAACAAGAACACGGAGACAGCGGUCUUGUCAUCAAUAUUGUGGGAAAAAAACAAGAAUGAUUCUAAACAGAUUACUAUUCAAAUUAGUAAGUGAGAAUCUAUAAAGAUGGUUCCAAGGAAAAGCAUACUUUGCGAGUAAGCUCGGUCAUUUCAUUCUUUAGUGAACAAACCUAUCAACAUGAUGUAUAAAAAGUAUUCAAUUUCCUUUCAGAGACCGCUAUUUACUUCGAAUCGAUAUUUUAUAUUUUCUUAAUUGUAGUAAUUUAUAUUUUUAUGUCAAUUUAGGGUAAGGUGUGCCCGAGAAACCACAUUUUCAUAUAUUUUAUCCAAAGUCAUUUUUCUGUAGGAAGCAUGUUAACUGUCCCAUAACAAGAAGUCUUCAAUGUUUUGUAAUGCAUUCAUUUAAUUUUUCAAACAAAACACACACACAGUUUCUAUGUACUUUAAUUAAGUCAGUCCAUAUAUUUGUAUAUUUUAAAAAAAUCGAUUUUUUUAAUUUAGAAAUUAUUUCAGUAUGUCCUUAGCAGGUUUGUAGAUGUUAUAUUAAUAUAUCUUCACUCCAUAGAAAUAGUUUUAAGUUAUAGCAAUUAAAAAUUAAAAAUGUUUCUUCUAUGUAAAAACAAUAAACACUAAAUAUACAU